AUGGCUGAGCUGGUAGCUAAGCUUCAGGAUCUUCAGGCAUUACCUUCCGAGCUUCAUUGGUUUUGUGAAUCUUGGUCACAUGACGAUGGGACUACAUCACUUGGGUCUCCCAUCAUCCUUGAUAGCGCCCUUGGAAAUGAUGUGGAGCUUCGCCGUAGCCAGGCAACCGAGUGUUUACUGCUCUAUUCGUAUGACGACGCACAGCACUUUCAAAUUCGGCUAGGGCAAGCGAUAGAUCUACAUUUGGGGAGAUGUGACAUCUGCAUCGAAGAAUACUACAAAGCGAAACAAAGACAGCUAGAAAAUCUGCGCCACGAUUACGAAGAAGAUGAAGUACGUUCACUAGAACAUGUGUUCAACGAUCGAGAUUUAGAGAGAAUCAGCCGAGGGCUCGACCAUGCCACUCGAACAUUACAAAGAUUAGAGUCUGCUCAACGGCACAAAAACUCGUUAAAGCUGCAUUCUCAGCUUGCUCUCUUUGAAGCAUUGUGCAAUGAUGCAUUUUUAGCAGACGAAAAUGCGCUCAGCUCCUACUUUCAAGAACCUUUCAAAUUGGUUCAAACUAAUAAGAGAUUGAAUAUUACCCGGUUCACACCUGCAGUCACUGCCUUCUUGUUUGACGCGAAUGAUGAUCGACGCUCCUGGGCGACAGCAACAUGGCGCAGGUAUCGGCAACCACCUUCGAAAGAGGACUUUGAUUAUGCUAUUAGAGUCCCCUUGUCACGAAACAUGCAAAAAGUUCACGGGUCUGUAUCUGGAGAAGAGGUCUUUCAAAGGACGUGGUUUGGAAUCGGUCUUAUCAUCGAGAACAUGAACAACGAGCUCGUGACACAUUCACUUCGAGCUAUGGAGAUUGACAUAUUCAAGCUAGCAUUGGAUCACUUAAAAUACGAGUUUUCAAGCUUUCGGUGCCUCGUUGAAACCAUCCAGAAAAUGCUUGAAUUGGCGCCUAAAGACUUCUGGGAAGCUAUGGGAGCUAUGUCUCCGACCACUUUUGUCGAGCAGAUAUUCAGCAACAAACAAUAUGACCGCUUCAUAGAGCAGUCGAAGCCCGCUGAUGUCGAGAAUCCAUCUGCCCUCAAGGACAUGCUCUCUUGGAUCAAACCGUUCAUGACGUCUCUCGAUCCUGCCCAUCAGGCUGGUGUUUCUAGAUUCUUGGCUUCUCAGCUCCUGAACCGGUUACAAGCAGACCGCUUUCCGGAGUCUGCGAGGAUCGAGUGCUACAGGACCGGACUUGCUACCCUCGCUUGGACCCUUAGUGUCAUUCACGGGGAAGGUGAGAUCAUGAGCUCGACCGGCCGUUUUGCCGCGAAAGACGCAUUAGAGGUUGUUGGUGAGCAUGUCAGCGAAAUUAUAAGGAUAAUCACAUUAGCCAACGACAAUCGCAAGAAGUCGUCAUGCUCCGAGCUCUGUCUACGAAUAGUGAAAUUUGCACUUGCACUCGAGUGCAAAUCUGUCAAAUAUGAUUACGAGUUGCUCACCCAAGCAAAAGCAUCAAGUGAAGUGUCUGCUGGCUACGGAUCGUAUGUUGCUGCACUUUGGGAUGCUGUCAUUCAGAGCAUGGAUUUUGGCAACGUGGAACUCGCCAAAGCGGCCUUGGUCGGUAUCAAUGAUCUGAAUGGGCUGGAAAGGCUUAGAGCAAGUUCUGAAGAGCCAUGUUGGAAGGAAAAGAGCGCCUAUAAUAUCAAAUUAACUCGUCUUAUCCACUUGUGUACUUUGCGAUUCUCAGGAUGGGACAUUUCGUACGAAAGAGCUGAUCGUAGCCACAGAGAUCAAAGCAGCCGAAAAUCUUUGGCAAUCAUUCUGGAAAGCGCUCCAAAUGAUAUUCCAGAUGACAGAACAGUGGGGGAGAAAAAGGUAGACGACUCUAACGCUCUAAAAGAAUUUUGCCGCGACACCAUGCAGUUUUGCGAGAAUUUAUUUGAUCAAUAUGGCAUCUUUGCCAACGCCAUGAAGUCUCCGCUCUACAUCAAGAACGAAGAGCUUUCGGAUUUCGUAAGUGGAUCUGUCACCGGUGUUGAGCUGUUGAAACCUGCUGCUUCGACUUUACAAGUCAUGGUUAAAUGGCUUCGACUGCGCGAUUCGUUUUUGGUUGAGAUUGCGGUCAAAUUGACAAAGAAAGUCUUGAAUCGCUUGACAGAGCUGAAUAUGGCCGUAGAAGAAAGCACCUCAAAGGUACUUGAGCACAUCAUCAUUGGCGGCAGUCAAGGUCGGACGCACCUUACGCCUCAGGAGAAAGCCGAACUUGCCCAGUCACUCGAGGCCAACCUGGGGCGUCCAGUAAAACAAAUUCUAGACGUAGACUCAGAGACUCUUUCGGAUCUUAGUAACGAUUCGUAUACGGCCCACAAAACUACCAAGAAGACUAAAUUAGCAUGUCUUGAUAUCAGUGCUUGGAGAGCAAAGGCAAAAUCCUCGACGCUGAGGCCUACAGGUGAUGCUGAUGAAGUCUUCAAGAACGGAGACUUCGUACACCAAGAUGCUAUGGAUCAUGAGCUACUGUCUGUCAGUAGAUCGGUGGACACUAUGCAAAAAAUGAUGAAGCAGCAGGCUCAUUCAUCAACACCGAAAAACGGUUUGCCACAACACGAAAAAAGAAAAGUGGAAGCUGCAAGCCAGUUGAAAGAGCCAGGCAAGCUCGGCAGACCCUUACAAACAGAUAUUGAGAGAAUCCAGUUUCGUGAGAAACGAGAACGAGAGAGAGAAGCAAAAAAGAGGAGAGAUGCCGAGAAUCUUGCCAUGGUCAAGAAGCGAGCCAACGGGCAAGCGCUGGGCGAAGGCUCUGGUCUAAAUGGUAUUGGAGUCAAGGGCAAGGAUCAUCGGCCUCAAGGUCCAAGUAUGAUGUUCUCAUCGGGCUCGGAAUCUACAUCUGAAGAUGAAUUGGAUGCGAAACUUUUUAGCGGAAAUGCAAAGCCUUCCAAGACAUCUGCUAGAAUACUUGAUAUUCAUCCUGGUAAGAGUAUAAAAGUAUUGAGAGGGCCGGUCAAAAAAUCGAGACAAGUUAGAUCAGCAAAAGAUAUGCGAGCCAGACUGGUCCCAGAUCUCACAGCCUUGCACAACGAGAUUCUGGGCUGGGAUUUCUUUCAUAAUGAUGAAUACCCCCUGGCCAUAAUCAGAAUGAAUGUUGAUGCAUUCUUAGAAAUCAGCGCUACCAUUGCCACUAAUGAUGCCAGGGAAGCUGGGAUCGGCGAAGCAGACAUCGUGCUGUUGUCAAAGAGCGAGUCUCCAGCCAGAAACGCCAAUCAGCCGCAUUGCUUUGCUCGGGUAUGGAAGAUCAAUAGGAAGAAGAACACUGUUGAGAUUACCUGUCGUGCCAACGUCAAUAACAAUCUCGUACCUUUCACCAUCCCUAAUACGACAUUUCACUGCGUGAGGAUCUUAUCGAUUACGCCACUAGAAAGGGAGUUCGGGGCGCUCCAUGGCCUUCAAUAUUUCGAUUUAUGCGAAGAGAUCAUCAAAGCAAGACCCUCACCUUUGCUUGAUUAUUCUGAAAAGCAGCUUAUUCUUCUUAAAGAGUUGUAUACAAUCAACAGUGCCCAGGCCAAGGCUGUCAAGUCUGCAAUUGAUAAUGAUGCCUUUACAUUGAUCCAAGGACCGCCUGGAUCUGGUAAAACCAAGACCAUUGUGGCCAUCGUUGGGUCUUUGUUGACAGGGCAAUUUGACAGUCAGGGGCACGCAAUCUCUCGUCCUCACGGGGAGACUCACGGACCACGCAUUGCAGCGUUCGCCGCGAAGAAGCUCCUCGUUUGUGCUCCUAGCAACGCUGCAGUCGAUGAACUAGUGAUGAGAUUCAAGCAAGGCGUCAAGACUGCCGAUGGUCGACACCAGACUCUUUCCGUGGUCAGACUAGGGCGUAGCGAAGCAAUAAAUUCGAAUGUCAAAGAUGUGACGCUUGAGGAGUUGGUCAAUGCGAAGAUCAACGUCGCCAGCAAAACCAAUUCGGCAGGAAAAGAUGGAAUGGGUAGUCUGAUAGAGGCACAUAAAGCUACUUGUGAUGAUUUUAACCGUCUUCGAAACCUUGUCGAUGAGUGGAAAGCUGUUGGUAAGCCCGUCAAUCCAGAGCAAAACCGGGACAUGGAGCUUUUGAAAAGGAAGAAGCAGCAAAUCAGUAAUCAAAUCGAUCAAGCGCGAGAUCAGGGCAACAUUGCCGCUAGGGACGCCGAAAUCAGCAGACGACAAAUUCAGCAAGAAAUUCUUAACAACGCUCAUGUCAUCUGUGCUACACUCAGCGGAAGUGGCCAUGAGAUGUUCCAUGGUCUAAAUGUGGAAUUCGAGACAGUUGUUAUUGAUGAAGCUGCCCAGUCCAUCGAGCUUAGUGCACUGAUUCCGCUCAAAUAUGGCUGUUCCAAGUGCAUCCUCGUUGGUGAUCCAAAACAAUUGCCACCGACGGUGCUUUCCCGCGAGGCUGCCAAGUUUCAAUUUGAACAGAGCCUGUUCGUACGCAUGCAGGCAAAUCAUCCACAUUGUGUCCAUUUAUUGGACACGCAGUAUCGGAUGCACCCUGAGAUAAGUGUGUUCCCAAGCAAUGCCUUUUAUGAUGGACGCUUGGUGGAUGGGCCAAGCAUGGCGGAAGAGCGCAUCCGACCGUGGCACCAGAGCAGCAUUCUAAGCCCUUACCGCUUCUUCGACGUCAAGGGUUUCCAUCAAACUGCACCUAAAGGUCAUUCUUUGAUAAAUCAUGCAGAGAUUGAUGUCGCUCUCAGACUCUACGACCGUCUCAUCAAUGACUGCAAGCAGUAUGAUUUCCAUGGUAAUGUUGCAAUAAUCACACCGUACAAGAGCCAGCUGCGAGAAUUGCGAUCUCGAUUUAGUAGACAGUAUGGCGAUACAAUCUUGACCUCCAUUGAGUUCAACACUACAGAUGCAUUUCAAGGUAGAGAAAGUGAGGUUGUGAUCUUUUCAUGUGUCCGAGCUUCCAACGGAAGUGGAAUAGGCUUCUUAUCAGAUAUUCGGAGAAUGAACGUCGGUAUCACUCGGGCCAAGGCAUCGUUAUGGGUGCUUGGUAACUCGCAUUCCUUGAUGCAGGGGGAGUUCUGGCGCCAUAUGAUUGAAGACGCGAAGCGACGCAACCUAUACUCUCAGGGUGAUUUAGUAUCGCAAUUGCAAAAACCUUUACUUGUUGCUCCAGCUCAACGCUCUUCUCGAGAAGUCUUGCCACAAGGUGGAGGUCAAGACAUAGAUACGUCUAAUGCUCCACCAACAUCGGAGCCUCCAGCCAUUAGCAUUGAUAUCCUUGAGAGACCAAACAAUAGCCCCGGAGAUCACGAUCUCAACAAUGCCAGUCCAGAAAAGAAAACCCCUCUGGCGGGGGCAAUGGCCUCAACGACAAUCUGA